AUGACCAUAUUCUUCACUAAGGCUGCAUCCUUCCUCACCCUCUCCCAGCGUCUCGACCGCCUCUCCCGCCACCUCACGAGCAGCAAUGUCGACGAAGACGCCCUGACGAGUCAGAUCGAGAAGCUGGAAAAGACCGUGGCGGGCUUCCCCUCUACCCGCACCAGCGUCAGGGCGGCUAGGCCUGCCGAGCCUGCUGUUCCUCCCCUCCGCGCAACACCGAGAGCUCUCGUGCCCCGCAGCCAGAGCGACCAGGGUGGCACCCUCCUCGGCGACACCGUCGUGCGCUCACGCUUCUCCCAUCUUCUCGAGAACAGGCCGCCCCCGGAUGACACUGUCAGUACCACCACCACGUGCGCUCACAACCAUGCAUCCCGGAGACCGGCAUCAUCCGCCAAGGUCAUCGCCGAGUUGACGAAGCUCAACAACGACCUCGCCGUCCUGGUGGGCAACCUCGAAGCUCGUCAGGAAGAGUCCAUGCACAUCCACACCCUGCUGAUCCAGCGUGCCGAGACGGCCGCUCAGCGCAUCAAGUUUCUCCAAGACCGCAUAUCGUAUCUAGAACAGGAGCUUCGCGAUAACGACGACGAGCUUCUCCAUCUCCGCAUAUGUCUCAAGGCCGUCGAGGUCCAGAUGCCACCCCAUCCGGACCCCGACAUCCAGCGCUGCAUCACCGUCUUCAAGGAGGACUACAAGGCCCUCAAGAAGAAGCGCACCAGCCGCAACGGGAGCGUCGGCAGUGGCAGUGCCGGCGCUUCAGGGCCCUCGGCUUACCAUUCCAACACCAGCAGUUUCUCGCAGAUGACUGACUAUAACGCCUCACCUUCCCGAUGA